AUGAUAACGUUUUUGUUAAUGAAUUCUGAAACUGAUCAUUAUGGAAUAGAUCAAUCAGAAGCAGGAAAAACCAAAUCAGAAUGUAUAAAAAUUUAUCUUACUUAUAAAUAAAAAUAUGAUAAUAAUAUUAGAUUUUUAGAGGGAGGGGAAUUAUUUGAAAAGAUUACGGACAUGAAAUUUUUACAGACAAAUAUUAGGGGAGUAGUUCAUUGUCAUGAGAAAAAAAUUGCUCAUAGAGAUUCAAAACCAGAAAAUAUCGUUUUUGAAAAUAAGAAACCAAAUUCAAAUUUAAAAAUCAUUGAUUUUGGAACCUCUAAAAAAUUAGGAACUCCAUAUUAUAUGUCUCCAGAGGUUUUGAAAAGAAAUUAUAAUGAAAAAUGUGAUGUAUGGAGCUGUGGUGUCAUACUAUAUAUUAUGCUAUGUGGUUAUCCACCAUUUGGAGGACAUGAUUAAGAGGUUUUAUAAAAUAUAGAGAUUGGAAAGUAUGAAUUUGAUCUUUAUCUGAGGAUUGGUGCAAAAUUUCAGAGGAAGCAAAAAUUGAUUAAAAAAAUGCUUACUAAAGAUUACACAUAUAGAAUCUCAGCAUAAGAUGCAUUUAAUGAUCAAUGGAUUAAAACUAAUGCUCCUAAUGCACCUAUAGACUUCAAGGCAAUUAAUCGUUUGUCAUCUUUUUUCGGGAAUAAUUAGGUGAGAGCUGCUUUGAUGCAGUUCAUCUCAGCUAAUCUAAUGACGAAUUAAGGAGGAAUACUAUAAGGUAAAACAAACGUUAUUAUUCUAGUCUAAUUGAAAUAAUAUGAUGAGAUCAAAGCAAAAUAAAUGGUUGAUGAUAUAUUUGACAAGGUAGACAUGAAUAAUCUGGAUUUGUUGAUUUCACUGAAUUCAUCACAAUCUGCUGCUAAUGAAGAAAAAUUAUUAAGCAAGCAAGGAUUAUAAUAAGCAUUCAAUGUAUUUGACACAAAUGGCGAUGGUUAAAUAAGUAAAGAAGAAUUUUAAGGAAAUCCUGGAAAUUUGUGA